GCUGCACUUCGUUGGUGUCAAAUCGGCUUCAGGAUGGUCUCGUCGUACCCUUUACCGGAGGGCUUCUCCGAGUUUGAUGUGUUCUCCCUGGGAUCCUGUCUGCUGGUGGAGGGUCUGCUGGGCUUUUUUUUAAAUGCGGUGACAAUCGUCUCUUUCCUGAAAGUGAGAGAACUGAGGACCCCCAGCAAUUUCCUAGUGUUCAGCUUAGCGAUGGCUGAUAUGGGCAUCUCCUCGAACGCCACCAUCGCUGCUUUCUCCAGCUUCCUGAGGUAUUGGCCUUAUGGCUCUGAAGGAUGCCAGACUCACGGUUUCCAGGGCUUUGUGACAGCUCUCGCCAGCAUCCACUUCGUAGCUGCCAUUGCUUGGGACAGAUACCACCAGUACUGCACCAGGACAAAGCUGCAGUGGAGCAGCGCCAUCACUCUGGCUGUGUUUAUCUGGCUCUUCUGUGCCUUCUGGUCUGCCAUGCCCCUUAUUGGAUGGGGAGAGUACGACUAUGAGCCCCUCAGGACCUGCUGCACUCUGGACUACAGCAAGGGAGAUAGAAACUACGUGUCCUACUUGAUCCCCAUGGCUAUCUUUAACAUGGCCAUCCAGGUGUUUGUUGUCAUGUCCUCUUACCAGUCCAUUGCACAGAAAUUCAAGAAGACUGGAAACCCCAGGUUCAACCCCAGCACUCCUCUUAAGACUAUGCUGUUCUGCUGGGGCCCCUAUGGCAUCCUGGCUUUCUAUGCUGCUGUGGAGAAUGCCAACCUGGUCUCCCCCAAGCUCAGGAUGAUGGCUCCUAUUCUGGCUAAGACCACUCCCACCAUCAAUGUUUUUCUGUACGCUUUGGGAAAUGAGAACUACAGAGGAGGCAUCUGGCAGUUCCUCACCGGGGAAAAGAUUGAUGUGCCUCAAAUUGAGAACAAGUCCAAAUAAACUAAGCAUGCAAUAAUUACAGACGCUUACUGUCCUGGUGGUUUCUCACAGG